UUGUUGACCUUGGGUAGAUCUAAAGUGAAAAAUGUUAUAGAUAGAGUCUUCGUAUUAUCGAUGCCAGAAGACUUGACCACCCAAAUCUACGAGUCCUGCGUAGAGAACAGAAUUCCAAUCAAUACUUUCAAUUCUGCUAAAUACUCGACUUUUACCCUAUUGUCAACAUACAACAACCAAAACUUACAGAUAGGUAUAACCACAAAUCUACAAGGCUGCAAAAUGUCUUCUAGGUUGAAACGGGAAGUGAUCAAGGCAAUACCACCAAACAUCAACGAUAUCAUCGAAAACGUGUCUAAUGUAAGAAAGUUGAUAAACUCAAAUGAGAGCCUGGAUAAGAAAGAAAAGCUGAAGUGGCUAUCACAGAUUAUCGAUUAUUAUCCUCUCAACGAAUUGGGGAAGAUAUCAAUAGACAAGCUCAACGAUGACUUGAACCAAAUAGAUUUCAAGAACAGUCAUGAGAAUAAUGAUGUCUUGAAGUCACGAGGAAAAAUUUCUUUGGUAGGUUCUGGCCCCGGUUCGAUUGCAAACUUGACAAUAGGCGCUCUUAAUGCAAUCCAUGAGGCAGACUUGAUUUUGGCUGAUAAACUAGUGCCCCAAGAGAUCUUGGAUUUGAUACCGAAAAAUGUGGAAGUCUUCAUUGCUCGGAAGUUUCCUGGCAAUGCAGAGAAUGCACAGGAAGAGCUCUUGAGAAUUGGUCUGGAGUCAGUUCAAAAAGGUUUGAACGUGGUAAGAUUGAAGCAGGGAGAUCCAUAUAUUUUUGGAAGAGGUGGGGAAGAAUACCUAUUUUUCCAGAAACACGGCUACAAGGUCGAAGUACUAUGUGGCUUAUCCAGCGCAUUUGUUGCAUGCGUUAACGCAGGAAUACCGACAACUCAUAGAGGUGUUGCGGAUCAGGUAAUGAUAUGUACUGGGGUUGGCAGACAUGGCAAGAUUCCGGACAAUUUACCAAUAUUUGAGGAGAAAAGAACUGUUAUUUUCCUCAUGAGUAUCAAGAGGAUAGUUGACAUUUUGCCGAUAUUAAUGGGAGAAAAGAGGUGGCCUGCGAAGCUACCCGUUGCCAUUGUGGAAAGAGCCAGCUGCGGUGAUGAAAGAGUCAUUAGAACGAGAUUGGCCAAUUUGGUGGAUGUCUGCAACAAGACAGAGAGCAGACCUCCGGGAUUGAUUGUGACAGGCUGGGCGUGCGAUGUCUACACCAAGCUUGGCGAGGAAGAAGAUUUCAGGGUCAUAGAAACAGGGUUAUCCGUCGAGGAGAACGUCGACCUUGAGAAAAUUGUUACGCUUCUU